CCCAUCCGUUGGGCCGGGCCCACCUUGUGUCUUGGGAGAGUUAAAUGGAUGCACCUCCCUGGGGAGGGGUUUUGGGUCUUCUCUUCCUCCAGUUUCCCCCGUGAACGAAGCUCUCUCUAGGACCCAGGGAGAAGCUGUCAUGUGCCCUCCGGUCAGCCCUGGGGCCCAACCCCACGCUGAUUUCCUGCUUCCUGGGUGCUUAAGUCGGUCUGAGUGAGGAGGGGAACCGGCGGGAGGAAGGACGAGUCACCUGUCCCCUUCCCACGCCAGCCAAGAAGCUGCCCCUUGACCCUCCUCUCAGGCCCCUCCACCAACCAUGAAGCUGCACCGCAAGCCCCUUCUCGGCUACCUCCGCGGCAACGGGGGCCGGAGCCCGGACCAGGAGGGCACGCUCCUGAAGAAAGGGUACCGCAACCCCACCUACCAGCGCCGCUGGUUUGUCCUGUGGGGAAAUAUCCUCUACUACCUGGAGCGGCAGGGAGACCAGUCGCCCCUGGGCCUGAUCCUGCUGGAGAACUGCCAGGUCGAGCCCCGCCCGGAGGCCAACGUGCCCUUCGCCUUCACCAUCUCGUUCCCGACCGCCGAGGACGGCCGGGCCUACAAGCUGGCGGCCGAGAGCGAGGCGGACCUGGGGGGCUGGCUGCGGGCUCUGGGCGGGGCCGGCUGGGGGCUGCUGCUCAGGCUCCUGAGCCCCUUGGAGGCCCAGUACCGCGACGUCUGCGCGCGGGCUGGACUGGAACCCCGGGCCCCGCCCCGGGACGAAGAGGGCGGCCCGUUCCCCUCCCGCCCCCCGGUCCCUUCGGGCUUCCAGGAACUGCACCAACGCUUCGGAGAGGAGAUCCGGGCAUUAAGGGGAAGGCUAGCCCAGGGACAGGGCCGCCUCUUGGACUUUGGAUAAGGGAGGGUCGGCGGGGAGGGGACCGAGGUGUGGGUGGGUGUUGGGGAGGAAAGGGGACUUGGCGCCGGGGCUAGGGGAGGGGCUCCCCUUAAAGGAAGAGCCAUCCGACGGGGGAGACGGAGGAAACCUCGGGGGGCGGUGGAUGAAACGAGGUAACGUCCGAGCGCCCGUUUUUCAAUAAAGUCCAACGGCCUCUCCCCCG